AUGGGUAAUGAAACACUAUCUCCUACAGACAGACUAGAAAUACCAAGUAGGAUAUUCCACAUGAAGCUCAAAGAUUUGAUGGAGACUGUGAAGAAGAAUAAGAAGAUAUUUGGCACUGUCAUUGUAGAUAGAGAUGAUGGGAGGAUAAUUAAAGUUAAAGGUAUCUACUUGGACAAUCGUUUUGUUGUGCCGUAUAACCCCACAUUGUUAUUCAUGUUCCAAGCUCAUAUCAAUGUAGAGAAGUGUAAUCAAUUCUCUACAAAUAAAUACCUAUUCAAGUACAUUAGCAAAGGUAAUGAUAAGGUUGUUGCGGCCAUACAUGACAACAAUGAAGAUGGGUCUUCUGAACAUCCCGUUGAUGAGAUCUAA